UGCAGCCCCAUCAUGCUGCCUGUGAAUCCGCACUGAUAUCUCUCCGUUCUCCGUUCCCUGCAGAACCAGCAUGAACUGCCUUGUCGAAGAGGCAGCCAAGAUGGAGAAAAUAAAAUUCCAGCAUAUCGUCUCCAUCUAUGGGAUUUGCAACAGCCCACCGGGGAUAGUGAUGGAAUACAUGGCCCAGGGGUCCUUGGAAACAGUGCUCCCCACCCACAAAUUAUCCUGGCAGCUCAAGUUCCGCAUUAUCCAUGAGACGGGGUUGGCUAUGAAUUUCCUGCACAGCAUGACACCUCCUUUACUUCACUUAGACUUAAAACCAGGGAAUAUUCUUCUAGAUGGGAAUAUGCACGUUAAGAUUUCAGACUUUGGGUUGUCCAGAUGGAUGGAGCAGUCGAGCCGGAUGCAGUACAUUGAGAGAUCAGCCUUGCGGGGCACCCUGAGCUACAUCCCGCCCGAAAUGUUUCUCCACAGCACCAGGCCGCCAGGACCCGAAUACGACGUGUAUAGCUUCGGGAUUGUCAUUUGGGAGGUUCUUAUGCAGAAGAAGCCAUAUUCAGGAGCCAACAUGAUGGGCAUCAUAGUCGGGAUUUCAGCAGGCAGGCGGCCCUGCCUAGAGUCCAUCUGUGAUGAGUGGCCAGGGGAAUGCCAGCAGAUGGUUGACUUGAUGAAGAGGUGCUGGGACCAAGACCCCAAGAAAAGGCCACGCUUCACAGAUAUCCCUGUGGAAACUGACAUGCUCCUGUCAUUAAUGCAAAGCCUCGUGGUGGAUCCGGAGAAUGAGCGCCUCGUCAGGAAGAUGUCUCACAAGCCCACCUUAUCUGGGAGCCAAAAAAGCCAGAAACAACGAUCCAUCCUCUUCCAAGACACAAGUAGUAGUGAGACUGAUUUCCCGCAUUCCCCCACCAGCGAGGUCGAGGGCCUGGAGAGCUUCAUAAUGUCCAAGGAAGUCCGCAGGGCCCAGGAAAAUGGCCUCACCCUGCUUCACCUUGUGGUGAUUCAAGGAAAUGUGGAGAAGGUGAAGUUUCUGUUGAGUCAGGAGGCCAACGUGGACAGCCAGCUGGUCUGUGGCUACACCCCACUCAUCGUGGCGGUCCAGAAGAGGUCACCAGAGAUCUGCUUGGUUCUAAUAGAGCACGGCGCGGAUGUCAACAUGGCCGACAAAGACGGUUGGUCUCCUCUUCACUUCGCGGCUCAGAAUGGGGAUGACAGGAUUGUGCGCCUCUUGCUGGACCACCAGGCGCGGGCAGACUCCCAAGAACAUGAAGGAUGGACUCCACUCCACUUGGCAUCUCAGAACAACUUUGAGAACGUGGCCCGGGUGCUGCUUUCCCGCCAGGCUGACCCCAACUGCCAGGAGAACAAUGGGAGAACUGCCCUCCACGUGGCAGCUUGCUUUGGGCACAUCAGCCUUGUGAAACUCCUAGCCAGCCAAGGAGCUGACCUAGAGAGGAAGCAGAAGAACCACCGGACCCCACUGCACUUUGCCGUGGAGAGGGGUAAGUUCAGGGUGGUCCAAUACCUGCUGAAGAGUGGGGCAUCUGUCAACUGCCUGGAUGAGAAUCACUACAGUGCCUUGCACAUGGCCGCAGUGAAGGGGAAAUACCUGAUAUGUGAGAAAUUGAUCAAAUACGGGGCCAAUGUGGACUUGAGGACGGACAAAGGGUGGACCCCCCUACACCUGGCUUGUUUUAAGGGCCACAUUGAAAUCAUCCGCCUGCUAAGAGACAACCACGCUAAACUGAAUGUCAAAGGAGGCAUGGAUUGGACACCUCUUCACGUGGCCACCCGCUAUAGCGAAGAGUCUGUGGUCUGCGAGCUCCUGAGAAGCGGGGUGGACCCCAACAUCACUGAGAAAUCAGAGUGGACCCCUCUCCACCUCGCAGUCCAGCGGGGUACCUUCCUGAGCAUCAUCAACCUUCUGGAGCACAAAGCAGACAUCAAUGUUAAGAACAAGGUGGGUUGGACUCCCCUGCACCUCGCUGUCCUCAGUGGCAACGUGGCUAUCAUAAAGACCUUAAUCAAGGCCGGUGCUAUGCUGGAUGUGGAAGACAUGACUGGCUGCACGCCCUUCCAGCUGGCCAUUAGGAAUCAGAAGCAAAGCAUUGCUGCCUGGCUGCAAGGCAAGGACUUGCCAGUGAAUAACAUGGGGAGCAGGGUGACAUGGAGUGGUGAAAAAGCUUAAAACCGUGAGCUCCAAUUCACCCCUGACAUGGUCAACAGGUGGGAUGGAUUUGGAGAGUCCCCAGUUCUUGCAAUUGUAUGUUGAGUCUCACAGUAUUCGAUGUUGUUUCUUCAAUCACUAGCUCCUCGAGUCAGGCGAUUUGAGGAAAAUCUCAACUUUCAUUUUUUUAAAAAUAAAUAUAUUUCCAGUUCACAUGUUUGCUGAGAAAAGCUGGAGGAUGUGAAUCCUAAAGUCUCCAACGCCUGAGGGCAAACACAAAGAACCCAACACUGGUUAUUCUGGGGGUCUGACUCAUGAUUUUGAAGGCUUGGGGGUGGGAGUGCUGGAUUUGACCCAUGUGUAUGUGCGUCCGUGCUAGUAAUUUCAUCUGGGGGCAGUGAAUGCAAAAGCUACACCCCUCUUUUUGUAUGGACCCUGCUGGAUUUACAUCUGGUGACAAACAUACCCACGUCUCCCACAGAGCUUCCUGCUUCCAUUCCGCCCUUAAAUGGGGAGCUUUUACAGGAAUCAGAGUGAUACACAAGGGCCUUAGCAUAAGCAGGAAUGAGCCCUGCGAGUCCCACCCACUGCUGGAAAUAGACAUGGAGCAUAUGGUGCAGUUGUGUCAGUUAUUCCAACAUCCCACUUUCAUACCAGCCGCCACCACUGAAAAUGAACCAAGGAAACAAAACAGAAUUACGGGAAAAAUAAUGCCUGAAAUGGACAUAGUGGGGUGAGGGGGGGGAAAUCCCUAAAAGAAUUCCCCUUCCUUCUUCCCACCAAAAGGGUAAGGUGGGGGAGAGUGUUUCUCUAACCAUUUCAAAUUAUGUCUUCAGAUUUCUCCACACCUUGAGGCACUGAGCAGAGGACUUGCCACCAUGGAGAUGGUUCUAGGGAUGGGUUAAGAGGUCAACAUGAGUCUGACCCUCAUCCCCUGUCUCUCCAGGCCACUGAUAUACUAGAUGACAACAGAUUUGUUGCAAUGCCCACAAAUAUUUGAGCUAGGAGUGGAGUUUUACAGUAUGUGGGUACAGACGCUCAGACUUUGAAAAGCAGCCUCUGAUUUUGGGUGUCCAACUUGAGAUGUCCUGUUUUUCACCAAUGCUGAGCAGCGGAUGAAGAUAAUGGGAGCUGGAAGUGCUCAGCACCUCUAUAGAGAGGCACUGGGUAUCCAAACCUGGGCACACGAAGUUAGUCGUCCUGAAUGAGAAGCCCCUGUUGAA